AUGUAUGUUCCAGAAAGGACUCCGAUGCUAACAAAUUUGUGCGCAGAUGAACCCGCCGCCGUUGUUUUAUUCCCGUUGAAAAGGCUACCCGAAGAGCUCCUCCUCCAUGUCGUCACCCAAGUCCCAGAAGUCGAUCUUCACAACCUCAGUUUGGAAGCCAGACAUAUCGGCUCUAUGGCACAGGAGGCACUCCAUCAAUGUCCCACAAUCUCUUACACCGACGAUGCUAUGCCGCAAGGAAUCGUCCGGCUGGCUCGCACCGUCUUCAGCCGUCCGGACCUAGCACGCGCAGUGAACCAAUUCACGCUGCGACCCAUCAUUCAUCUUGUCGAGAUUCCGUUCACCACCCUGUCCGCGGCUGACAAUCAAGCACUCCAGGGCUUCUCCCAGCACACACGCGUGUAUAUGGGCGAGACUCAGAUCGUGGCACUACUCCUUGCUUCCCUUCCAAACUUGAAAGAGCUCGAUCUGCAAAUACUCUUCAACGGCAGCCUGCACGAGGUGGACAGCGGUCGUUAUGGCCAUGCAUGUAGCGCACAGUGUAGCCCCCCCGAAAAGGCCGGCUCACACCCCCUCGACAUCGCCAUGAACCCAGGAUUUGAAGACGAUCCGGAAGCUGCAUCUGCAUGCUCGUCAUAUCAGCUGGGAUUGGUUGGCAUUGCCUUGCCUGAAGGCCAUUACCCUUGGAUCGAAGAAUUGGAGCUGAAUCUCUCUACAGAGGUCUUCAUAGACGACGACGACGACGACGACCAGAGAUACAACGACCUACCCAAGCUCUUUCAGCGAAUGUGCUUCCUGCGAUCGCUCACCAUCAACACGAGCAAUAAGUGCUUUGCUCUAGGGCCAAACCAAAUCGAGGCGGAUAUCCUCGAAGAUGAUGUGCGAGGAAGCAUGGAAAUCCUCAUCAAAACCAUGUUCGCAGUAUCGCAGACACUAGAAGUGCUGUGCAUCAAGGAAGGCGACACAAACCGGGAUUCCUUUGAGUACCUGGAGCCGGUAACAAGCCUGGUCCACUUCAGCCAAAUGAAGUACCCUUAAAUAUCCUUUGAAGGAAUUUUGGGGCAGAAUUUGGUGUCGAGGAAGAGAAUUGCGGAGAUGCUGCCAGAUAGGCUUGAGAAGUUGCGUCUCUCAGGCCUACCUGCAGAAGCCACGAAAGGGUUGGAAGACGUGUCCGUAGAAGAUAUCGGGUUGGCAUUUCCGACAUUGUUGGAUUGACAGAGGCUAGAGAGGCUUAUGAUAGAUACAUACAUGACGCGAAGACAAAUAAAUCAGUACAUCAGAUAGCGUGGAGGUUGUCAGAGUCGAAAAUUUGGUUGUGCGCGUCCGUGAUGAUGGGCUGGGGUCAUCCAGGCUCCGGUUUUGUCGAGGGCGUCAUCGUGCGAAAAGGUCGUGAAUACCUCUUGGGUAUGCUGAGAGUUUCUGUCGGGAGUCCAGAAAGGAUCCGGUGUCUGGCCGGUGGGGGAGAGUAUCAUAUAAGACGGUGUUGGUCU